AUGGCACACUAUUCCAAUCCACCUGUUAUCCACAACGGACCUCCGACACAUCCUGCUUUACAUGUCCGGGAUGCCAAAGAUGCGCACGUCGUCCUCGAGGCCGUGCGCCUCAAUAUGUUACCGUUGAUCAAGCGGCGACUUACUGCUUCAGAAAGAGAUCAGUUAUCCUCCGGGAACGUCUUCGUCUGGGAGGAGGCUGAGAAUGAUGGAGGACUCCUACGCUGGACAGACGGACGUAGAUGGUCGCAAAGUCGGAUGCGUGGUGACUACUUAUUCUACGAGGAGAAGAUGGAGACAACUCAGGAAGAGAAAGAUGCUAAAGCUGCUUUAAGAGCGCUUCGUACUGCGGAUCCACUCGCUGUGGCUCCUCCAACGAACAGACGAAAAGAUCGUCCCAAUCGUCCAAACGGUCUGACGAAACAAACUUACUCCGCAUUAGUCUACCUUCCAGGCUCAAGUCUACCGCGUAAAUGGCAUGUCGUCGCAUACUUCACAGGGGAUGACUAUGCUCAACUUCCUGUCAUUGAGAGUUACGAUUACCUUCGAAAUUUGAAAGUUCCGGGUGGCGUCUUUGUGUCCAGCAAAGCCAACGGAUCUCGCACCGAUCGCUUCUCUUAUACAAGUGAUGGAAUGGAGCCAUACAAUUCGGCAGGUCAUUUACAUGGCCACACAAGUCAGCAUUCUAUGCUGCAAGGAAUUCCCCGAUCCCCAAUGUCUUCCUCCUCCUCGUCAUCAUCAAUGCCUUUAUCUCCUACCAAGCAUCAUUCAAGACCUCUGCCAUCACCAGGCACUGCCAUAGGGCCUGGGCGUGCAGAGACGUCCCUGCCCAGCAUUUCGAUUCUAACUGGUCUACGUAAUACUCCAGAAUUUCGACAACCUCAUCCCUCACAAUCUGCACAACUCGGACAUCCCUCCACAACGACUUACACCCCCUUAUCCGCGGAAGACAGACGAGUACUCAAUAGGUUCAAAGUCGUAUUAUAG